CUCUCAUUUUUGAAGAUGCAACCAUCUUCAUUCAAGGAAUCAAAUCUUUGUCUCUGGUAUUACCUUCUUUAAGUUCGACACACACACACACACAUAUUGUUUGUUAAGAACUUAUCUAUCCACUUCCCAAGAAAAAUGUCUACGAGAUGUCUAUCUUGUUUCAAAGUCAUACGUUUCAAGAAGAAGCAGAGCAAGAAAGAAGACGAACCCGUGAAAGCAGAGAUAUUGCCAGAGCCACUUGGUGAAAAAGAUAAUAAAGAUGACAAACCUCUGAAAACAGAGAGAUUGCCAGAGCCGGUUGCAAAAAAGAAAAAAGAUGUAAAAUACAGCUCGUGCAAGAAGAUGCCUGAAGAAUGCAUGUUCAAACCCAAACCAGAAUAUGAAGGGGCCUCGCAUGUAAGCACCAACUAUCUUGGACCGCAAGUCAACGGUUUUUAUGAAGAUCAUCACUACGCAGAAACAGAUGUAUCUUCUUCGCCAAUGAAUAAUGAAUUCAACAAAGUGAAGACCUUUGAUAUACGAGGAGUCACAGAAACUGCCGCUAAGUGACUAAGAGAACUUGUACUGCCUCUCUUGAUAAUGUUAUCUUGUCUUGAGCCACUG